AUGAUAAAAGACUUUGAUAUAGUAGAAUGUCCAUUCAGGGAGGAUAAGUGUGUACUCCCUCUUAUUAAGACUGAUUCGGGGUAUGAGAUGAGGAUAUGCAACAAGCCUGAUGCCAAGAAAGUGACUGCAACGAGGGUCAAAGAACGUAAAGGAUAUUUCCAUUUGGAAAUAACUGAUGGUGAAUGCAAGAUUAUUGGAUACACAGAGAACAUGUAUUCUUUUGUGGUGCCUGCAGAUUUCUAUCUUCCAGUUAUGAAAGAGACAGGAGAGUUCUACUCUGAAAUCUACUCUAAAAUGGUUUAUGGGGACAUGGGGCAAUGCAUGGAUGUUGCAGAGAUGUUUGACAAGGCCUAUAAAGAUAGCGAGAUCCCUAUGUACCCUGUUCCGAUAAUAUCUACAGUUGAGAGCUUUGAGAACUACAAUUUCAAGGACUUCAAGGGAGGAAAGGAGAGGACCGGAGACACUAUCCAUGUGGGGUAUGAGGACGAUACUCCUGAAGGCCCAGUUCCAGGCCUACCUGAAAGGUUAGAGAAACUCCAUGGAGAGGAUGUCAUGAAGUUACAAGAAGAUCUAUUUAAUCAUUUGUUUGCCACACAUCCAAUCCUAAGGAUAUCUAAUAUAAUAAGAAUGUUCAAGUCGGAUGAAAGAGCUGCAGAAAUGGGGUUCAGCGACUGGAAGAUAAAGAAGCUCUUGCCUUUACAUGCAUACUUCAUUGAUUCUGGGCCUUGGAGGGGAUGUUGGGUUAAGUUUGGAGUUGAUCCUAAGCAAGAUCAGAGUAAUUUUAAGUACCAAAUAUACGAUAGUCGCAAAUCUGGCAGGACGUUCCAGGUAUUUGAAGCUGAAAAUGUUGUCCAUGAAGUAGAAAGAAAUAGGUCCUGGUACUUGUCUGAUGAGCCCAACUUCAGGAUGGGCUUUCAUACAAAGGCUCUCUUGAAUUUACUCAGAUUUCGAUAUGAGGUUGACUUCCAUGCCAAUGAAGAGGAUUCGGAUGAACUGGAAUUCGAAGUGUUUGAUUGA